CUUUCCUCCAUCCAUUCAUUCAUGGUGAUGGCUGCCAUUGCUGGAGACCAACCAGUAGUCCUCAAGGACUCCAAAUUGGUCGUCUGCAGCAUUGAUGUUCAUGAUGACGAUGAGCACCAGAAAAACCAAGCUGAUGGAGAGGAGGGAUUCGACUACUCACAAAGAGCUCAGUGGCUUCGGGCCGCAGUGCUCGGAGCGAAUGAUGGGUUGGUCUCCACGGCAUCUCUGAUGAUGGGGGUGGGUGCAGUUAAAACAGACGUCAAGGCCAUGAUCAUCACUGGAUUUGCUGGGCUGGUGGCGGGUGCAUGCAGCAUGGCCAUAGGCGAGUAUGUUUCAGUUUAUUCGCAGUUGGACAUCGAGCUGGCUCAGAUCAAGAGAGAUCAGAAGAGAGCGAGAGAGAGUGGGAAGAGCGAGGACGAAGAGAACAGCGAGAAAGAGAAACUGCCGAGCCCAUUCCAGGCGGCUGCCGCUUCAACCCUGGCAUUUGCGGUGGGAGCGGCGGUGCCGUUGCUGUCGGCAUCGUUUAUCAAAGAGUAUAGAGUGAGGUUGGGGGUGGUGGCCGCAGUGUCUAGCUUGGCGUUGCUGGUAUUUGGAGGGCUGGGUGCAGCGCUGGGGAGGGCACCAGUGGCCAGAGCUUGCUUGAGGGUACUAGUUGGAGGGUGGUUAGCCAUGGCUAUAACUUAUGGCUUAACCAAAUCCAUUAGCAAUGCAAUUUAAUUAUAUUAGAACCUUUAAUUAUUAUUUUCUUGGUCUAGUACUUUAUGUUGUAGAUUUUUGAGAUCAAGUUUGCAUAGAUUGGAAUUAAUUCAG